UUACCCCUCCAUACAAAGAGUAAUUAAUUGCAUAAUGUAUAACCUCUUCAGUAUGAGGUAGCUGAGUUGAGUUUAUUUCCUAUAAGUUCGGUAGGAUAUUGAAAGAUAUAUCGACUCUUCUUUCCAUUCUUUCCACCGUCGCAUCUCUGUCACUUAUCUUCGUCUUAAUAUCUCCACAUUCACUCUACCAAGAAGGAAGUAGAUAAGCAAUAUCAAGGGGAGCUGGAGGCUUACCAUUUCUACAUACACAAGUUUAGUAUCAAUGGCAGCAGGAAUGGACACAGAAAUGGCAGAGCCAACUAUCCCCAAAACUUACAAUGCAUUCUUCUACGGCACUCUCAUGGCCCCCGAAGUUCUGUACCGCGUAAUUUACGGCGCCUCCAAUCACCCAUACACUUCUCUAACCAUCACUCCCGCCCUUCUCCAUGACUACUGUCGACACCGUGUUAGAUUCGCUGACUAUCCGGCCAUAAUCUCCGAACUAGGUCAUACUGUCCGUGGUACCUACGUAACCGGUCUUACGCCCUCCAACAUGCGAAAUUUGGAUUACUUUGAAGGAUCUCAGUAUGAGCGAAAAGUAGUCACUGUAAAGAUCCUGGCUCCAAUUGACAAGGGUACACACGGUGCCAAUGCAAUCAUGGCCGAAGCUGUAGAGACGGGAGAAGAGAAAGAAGCCCAAACAUAUGUCUUUACAGAUUUGGAUGCUUUGGAGAAAGGAGAAUGGGAUUUCGAAUUCUUCAGGAGAGAGAAAUUGAGAAAUUGGGCGGAUGAAAGUGAGGAGUAUGCCGAAGUCGAUGCGAAGGCUGCGAACAGCAGCGAGAGUGAUUUUCUUGAUCAACCAGAUCCCACUGGCGGGAGAGGCAUCAAAACCGAUAUGGGAAAGGAGUUAAUGGAGUUGGCGAAUAAAAAGAGAGAGGAAGAAUGGGUUUUGGAGGAAAAGAAGAGAAUUGCUAGAGAGAGGUCUAAGUGCCAAUGUACUAUCGGAUAGAUGGGCAUUCUUGGGUUGGUUUGGAAUUUGGGAAAAUGCAUAAGAUUGAAUGUUGAUGCAUUGGGUGCCUAGCAUUUCGUUGUCAGUAGAAGAAUUGUGGUUUUUCAUAGGAGGUAGUUGGUCAUAUUUGCUUUUUCUUUCCAGCGCUGAAGAUGGAGCACAAAAAGGAUAGACCUAGAAUUUGCAGACAAAUGAUACACAUUCAUUACAUAAUCGAGCAAUGGAAAAUCCC